AUGGCGCAGUCGAGGCUUCCACCGCCGGCGGCCAUCAAAGGACGUCAGGAGGGCGUGGUGGAGGAUGUGACGAAGGAGGAGGACCUUCGCACUCUCCUGAAGAAGGUGUUGAUCACCCAUACUCGGGAUCAGGAAGCUCGCCAGGCCGAAUCCCAUGAGAUUUGGCAGGCUAUAGGCGAACUGAGAGAGUUCCUGACGUAG